UAAUUGCCCCAGUUAUGGACAUCGACGCCGAAUGGAGAGCAAACGCAGGGAUUAAAAAAAACAUAGAUAUUUAUAAACAAAUAAACUGAGAAAUGCCAGUUACUCUAUGCCGAGGCUAAUGAAGAAAGGGAUGCGCUGCUUGUUGAGCUGCAAACUACUUCUUUUUUUUUUUUUAAUCCAUUUUGGACUAUCAUCACAUCUGUAUCAACCUCUACUGCAGCACGCAUCCAUGAGAAUACCAUGUGACGAUUCGAAAAAAGCCAUUUUCUUCCACGAGUAGUGUGACGCAGACGCGCCAGACACAAGGCCUCGGUUACGACCACUGCAGUGGAGGGGAAGGGGAAGGUGAAUGGGCCAACAGCGACCUCCGUGGGCAAUGAGACCGGAUGCUUCCGCUGCGCAAUAGUGCCUCAGACAAAAGGAGGGGAAGGGCUUUAUGGCGAUGUUUAGAUCCGCCAGACAGGCUGUUAUCUACCGAGGCAAACGAGGUGAAUAGCCCCUGUGGUAAAGUUGGUGAAAAAAACAACCUGAUUUAGGUUUACAGCCCGAGAACUAUUGCAAUAGUGGCGUGUUUUCCUCAUCUGAGGCGUUUGUGGAUGGUCUAUUCUGAGACCCCUUCCUGCCCCCCCCCCCCCCCCCCCCCCCUCGCUCCCUUCGUUUAUGUUACUCAAACAAUGUCCACCUCGUAAGGUGGCAGUCUGCAACUUUAAGAUGUACACCUUUGCCAUUUCUAUUUCUAUUGAAUGGCAAUGGAGCUCUCUGUGGAAUUGCCUUGUGAAAUGCAAAUAUGAACACACACACACACAAAAUGGUUUGUUUGGGUGUAUGACACAGCUAUCUUUAAACAUUUCACUUUUUGCAUUCGUGCCGAUGCCUCACUCAUAACACUUCAAUUACCACUGCAAUCAGUGCAAUGUGUCUGCACUCGUCCGUUUCCAAUUCAUUUGUAAACGUUUCAUUUUCCACAAAUAUUUAAAGCGUGUCCUCUCUUGACUCACUAGCGUCCUUUCAUUCUCCAAGACGGAAACCGCAGCCCGCACGUGCAUAUUUGAGUUGUGUGGAAGUGUAAGGUUGCACCGAGGCACUAGCACAAUUUCUUAAUGGCAGCGAUGACCGGGGAAGAUACAGGCAGGCCCGUGGACGCGAUAACAGCGUUGCGAACAAUAAACAACUCGAACGGCAGCGUCAACCGCACAAUCCGCCCCCCCCCCCCCCAAAAAAAAAAAAAAAAAAAUUGGAUUCAUUGUGGUCAACAUAUAUAACAGUCAUUUAAGUCUUUACUUUUAUUAUACGCAUUGCUUGAAGUCGUUUUCCAAAGUGUAAUUGUUUGUAUUAAUUAAAUGCCUAUUAGAUUUCAUUGGGUGCUUUUAUUAGUUAAAUGCCUAUUAGUUUUUAGUGAGUUUUUUUAAAUUGAAUGGCGUUAAUUUAAAAACAAAAAACCAAAAACCUAAAUAACUUGCGAAUCAGGCUGCGUCUAAAAAAAACCACAACGAGAAUAUAAGAAACGGUUAAUUGCAAUUAAUAGAAAUAAUACCAAACGUUUUGAUUGUAUAUUUGACGAAAAACCGAUAUGUCCUAUGUUCUUUUGUUUUGUUUUUUUGCCCUCAAGCUAAUUAUGUCACAGUUAACAUGACGACUAAGUGUGCAGCCUCCACUGCACGGACGUCAAUGUGUAUUAUUAUUAUUAUUAUUUGCAAGUGCAAUCUCGUGUCGUGAAUUGUAAGUCCCGACAAUGUUGUUAAAAGCAACCUCCAAUCAACGUUAAAGUUAAUGAGCGUGUUUUAUUUCCAUUGCACAACACGGGCACACACGGACAUUAUCCAAAUGAUAGGGUGCAAAAUAACCACUUGGAUUGAGCUCUGAAAUUCGUGACGUUUUUCCACGUGAUACAAUUUGACUUGGAAUUUGAAGACGAGUCCGUACAUUAACGGCCAAGUAAGAAUAAAAGGUGAAAGCCGUUUUUUGGGAGCGAAAGUUUUCGACGUUGUGUUUUGGUUAGCAGCGACGGUCGGGUGCUUACGUGGCCAAUAAAAUAGCUCAUAAAAAGAGCUUCGAAAAACCCGUGUGUCGUUUUUGCAGCGAGACUUCAACAUGAAGCAGCGGCGGCGACAAAAGGAGUUUUUCCCCGUGACGUCAUUGUCCUUCCGUGGAUAUUUCCCCCCUUAUCGCGAGAUAUCUAUCACAAGUCAUUUAUUUCCCAAACUACGGUGGUUAUUGGGGACUGUGUGCGUAUUUAAUGAGCAGAGGGGAUUGAUUUAUACUUUAUUGUUCAGGCUGUGUGAUCACGUGUGUCCGCUGUCCAAUGGCCUGGCGGCGUGGCUCCCACAUUACAACCCACUGUAGUUGCGCGAGGGGCCAAGUUGCUACUUGAUUUCUGCACAUUGUUAUUUUGCGAGGCUCUCUUUACUGCUUGUGCAUGUGUGUGUGCGUGCUUUCGCGUUGUUGUCCUCGUCGCUGUAUGGCUCUGCUGGCCGGCUAACUGCGCGCACGUGAACGUGUUUUCCGCCAUGUCGACAUCCGGAGCGGUGACUAGUUACUACGUCGAUUCUCUCAUUCUCCCCGAGAGCGAGGAGCUCUCCGUGUCGAGAUACCCCAACGGGGCCGGGUACCAGCACGGCAGGCAGCACCCCCCUUCCCUCAGUGACCACGGCGAGCUGGGCACUUGCACCUUCACGUCCAAACCUCCCGUGUUCGGCCCGUCGUGGAGCCACGUCCCGGCUCAGUUCCCGGGCGGCGUCUCGUCCGUGUACCACCACUCCUAUGGGCACCCCCAAGGCCCGGCCGCUGCCGAGUCAGACGCCCGCUACCAGUCGUGGCUUCUGGAGCCCAUGUCCGGCUCCCUGCCCAUGAGCGGAUUACAGGCGUCCCACCAUUACGGAAUCAAACCCGAGGCUGCCGGUUCCCACACGGCGCUGCUGCUCUCCGACUACAGCAACGGCUCGGCGCCAUCGGCCGCGGAGAAGGACGCGCUAGCCGGCCGGGGAGUUGACGUGAGCGGGGAGUCUGACGAGAAGCCGACCCUCAUGGAGCCAAAUAACCCCGUGUCCAACUGGCUCCACGCGAGUGCCACGAGAAAAAAGCGCUGUCCGUACACAAAGCACCAGAUCCUGGAGCUGGAGAAAGAAUUCCUCUUUAACACCUACCUGACCAGGGACCGUAGGUACGAGGUGGCGAGGCUCUUGAACCUCACCGAGAGACAAGUUAAAAUCUGGUUCCAGAACCGCCGGAUGAAGAUGAAGAAGUUUAACAAAGAUGGCGCCGCAUCGAAAGAUGAGUGACUGAUGAGGAAGAACCGCAUUGAGGCCAAUAGCGAGCUUUUCUCGUGCGCUCUGUCGGAGCUUCUUGAAAAACUCCUUUUAGUGUUCCAUAUAGCAGAACCUAUUAGGCUUAAUUGUCUUGUAUAAAAGCAUGUUAGGCUCUCGUUUGAAGCGACUACCUUUUUUAUAUUGCACAAUUUUAACAGUGCCCCUUUCUGUUAGUUGUCCUUUCCGUAUGUUUAUUAUUAUGAUGAUUUUUUUUGAAAUUAGUACUUCGUUAGUGAUUUGGCCUGAUCUCUGUGCUUGUUUGUUUGGAUGUUUCCAGCUAUGUGUUCUGUUGUUUAAAAUGUUGGAUUUUGUUGUUGUUUCACUCUUGUUGCUAUAGAAUUAUGACUGUUUAUUCUGACAAAUUGUUCAAAAAAAAAAACAAAAAAAAAUAGGUGCUCCAUCUCAGAAAGCCGAAAGUAUUAGAAUAUCCGAGAAGCUCUGUUACAUUACAUGACUGACUACCUAUGUGUUUAUCAACUACCUACAAUAACCUAUUUUUCCUCUCAUGGCAAACUAUUGUAGAAUUUGAUUGAUUAGAAACAGAAUUAAGCCUGAGUUUAAGGAUUUUAUUUUUUAUUUUUUUUUUUUUUGGGGGGGGGGGGGGGUAGUAAUUGUUUAUUGAGGAGAAAUUAAAUAACACACUGUAGGUUAUAAUUGAUUACCUCUCGGUCCGCCGACCGUCUGAAUUUUGGUUCUCAAAUGUAAUUUGUACUUUAUUUAUUAAAAUAAAACAAAUUAUCUGCACAAAUGUUGCUUAAUUGA